UUGGAGACGCGGUACAUGAACCAUUCCCGGAGCCUGGCUAUUACGCACACUUCUACUACUUCUCCUCGCGCUCUUAUUUGGAAUUACUCUAUUUCCACAACAAAGCACACGCCACGAGUUGCCAUGGAUUUUCUCAAUCACAACUAUUUGAACGCGCGCGGCCCUUACGACUACACUUUUAAUUCCUGGAACGACUAUCUGGGGCUGACCACUCUGGUGACCAAGACCAACAGGCUGCCGCAGAACCCCAACUCUAUCACCGAGUCCCUGAAGGCGACGCUGGGCUUGGAGGAUGACGACUCCCCUGCGUGCCCGUGCGCUUCGGAGAGCGGCCACCUGGACUGCUGCUGCCGCUGCUGCUGCCCGUCCGUGAGCCCGCCCCCUGCCUCCAUACUGGACCUGAAAGAGCGCUUCUCCAUCCUCAGCCCGUUCCAGAUUCAGAAGCACCUACCGGAGCGCGGGAUCGGCGGGGGCGUGGACGCGGGCUUCGGGGGCGCGUUCCAAGGCUUCGACCUGUUCAGCGUGGAGGCAGCGAGGAAGAUGCGCAACAAACCGACGGCGAGCAGGGGCAAGCAAGAGCCGAAGAUUUGCGUGUUUUGUCGGAACAACGGCGCGCCCGAGGAGGUGUACGGCUCCCACGUUCUCAAGACCCCGGAUGGCAGAGUGGUGUGCCCCAUCCUCCGGGCGUAUACGUGCCCCCUGUGCAGCGCAAACGGGGACAAUGCGCACACGAUAAAGUACUGUCCGUUGUCAAAAGAGCAGCCUUCCCAGCGACCACUAAAGGGUGGUAGGGCUGUGGGUGGUAAGAGGAUGAAAAUCUUCUGAACGGGACCACCUUAAAAAAAAAUACGUCUUAUAAAAUUGCACUGAACAAUUUCCAGAUGACUGUUUUGAUCAUAUAAACAUAAUGCUCUUCUAUUUUUAUAGUUCCUUUAUUCACAUAGAAUGAUUUGAUGCUUUAUGGAUUUAUUUUUUAGUUUUUAGAGUCCUAGUCAUGAGCGUGUGCUAUUAAACACCGAUGUAUCAAUAGUCAAAAAUAUUUUCUUCAUGGUUAAAAAAAAAAAAAAAAAAAAAAAAAAAAAAUCUGAAUGUCAUCUAUUUUUGCCAAGUAUUUUUGUAUGGCAGGCAAAGCUUGCUACAAUUUUUUUCUUUCUCAUUGUAGAAAACCAAAGUUAUGUUUUUGCCAUUAAAAAAGAGCUCAAGAAUGUCGUAAUUGUUGAAGUGCGGCUAGUGGGAGACAGGCAAGUCUUUGAAACAGGGCGUAUUUUCCAACUUGCUACACAAAAGUUUGAUACCCAAUCUGCCUGGGCUGGAAGGCAAGGGGGACAAUGCCAGCUCUGUCUCGCAUUCUCCAAGGGACGUUCCAAUCAAUUGUAGCCUAGCCAAAACCUCUCCAAUGCAGACACUUUUAUGUUUACAUUCCCAAUAAGGGCACACUGGAUUUACUUAGAGUUUUAUUUCUCUCCUCGCCCCUGAUCAUCAUAUCUUUAUAAAGUCUUGUGGGUUUUUCCAAGCGGAGCCCAGCUAUCUCCCCACUCGAGCAAAAUGAAUGUUACUGUAACCGAUUCCUUUUGUGUUUGUGAGAGAAUCCCAAAAAGAUGCAAACAUAUUGUGCUGAAUGUACGAUGGGUGGGAUGGUGUCACUCACAGGACUGCACAUAACUGACAGUUUUGUUUACCAAAGGAUAUACUAAUAGAAUGGACAGAGAUUUGCUGUAAUGUAAAAAGACAGUAUUUUAACAUUUUACAAGUGACUUCAGAGGGCACUACCUCAACAGGAUUUUGUACUUAAUGUGUAAAAUACAAAUGUCCACAGCAGUUUAUUGAUAUAGUGCUGCCAUUUAUAAUAAGGCUUUUUGAUAGUAUUUUUGAUCUUUGUAUAACAUAAUUGUAUUUUCAUUUUUCAUUUAACACGGAAGCUAUAAGCAUUGUUUUUUCACCACAAGGUGAGAUGUGUACAUACUGACCAUUACUUUGACGAGUUUAGCUGUUCAAUGUUGCAUAUGGAGUGGAUGAUGUUGAGGCAAAAUGACAAAUAUGUGCCACUUUUAACAGAGGUUUUUGACGAAAUGAUAAAGAGAAAAAUGACAAACACUGUUGAACUUUGUUAUUUAUAUUUUACCACAAUUUUUCCUGUAUGCUGCUGUGCAGAAUAACAAACAUAUGAAUUCACUAGAGAAAUAAAAUCUUAU